AGAAAAGUGUGUACAACUUUUUGAUGAAUAUACAUAGCAUAUGCAUUGACAACGCAUUAAUAAACUAUAGUUAAUACAACAAUGGUACAAACUUAUGCUGCUUUUGUUGUUGAAAAUUCGAUUAAAAUUAAUUUUAGUACAAAAAAAUAACACUUCUGAUUUGAAAUUAUUGGAUAUUUUUGCAAAAUAAAUUCUUUUGAAUCUUUUAAUUGAAAAAAAUUUCUCAAUCAUUUUGAAUUAUGAGCACGAGCCAGCAGCAGCCGAGAAGCAACAAUGGAGGCGAAGCAAGACAGCGGCCGGCGCCCAGUCGAGCCAGAGAUUGGCAGCGGGAUGACGUCACAGUCAGUGGGCGAGGAGCGAAUUCAGAGGGCGGCAUUGACGAGUUUGAUCUCGAAGCUCUGAGGGGUCGCAGUCAGUAUGUGGAUGACAGUGAUGAAGAGGACGACACGGAGUUUGAGGACGAAACUGGACCGGACACUUCUAACUUGGUGCGCAUGUUGUAUCAACUACCUGUCAACAACAAAGACUUGGCUUUCAACAUGUCGGUGUUUGUGAACUACAUGCGUGAACACAAAAUAGAUCUCACUCUCUCCAAAGUACUCAUGAGUCUGUUAGAACAGGACCAGCUGCCCUACAAUCCACACGCAGGGUUCCACAGGGCUCUCAAGCUGGAAAACCAGGCCUUCUUCCUCAACAAAAUAUCCGCGGACAGUGUGAACAAAGCUCUCAACAUGCCCACUUAUUUAAGUGACAUUUCAUACUUGGCAGGCGUGCGAAAGUUCACUAAUGUGUGGGGACUGGCUAGUGUUAUUAAGGCGAUGAACCCAGUGGCGUUGAAGGAGUACGAGUGGCUGUUGUCCAGCAUAUCCCCAGCCAAGGCCACUCUGGUAUAUCACGAGGGCUUCUCAGCCCAGGCAAUCCUCUCCCUGGUGGGCCCAGCCUCGUUCCACGGAACAUUCUACCCACAGGUGCAUACGAUUCACUUCCGACUGCACUACGUGAUCAUGGGCGCUGAUUUGAGAGACUUGGCGCUGAGAAUAUUUGCUGAGUCAGUACUAAACGAUGUGUUCCACGCCAUCCACCAAACGCAACAUUUAUUCCUUGGUCUCUACAUUGAGAACGAGGACUGUGGAGGAUACACUUCGUUCGAGACUGACCGCUUCUUCUCGCCUGACUUCAUCGUGCAGAAUGAACAGCUCAUACUCGACGAAGUCACAAACGCCGCCAAGGGUGCCCAGAAAGUGUCGAGUGAGAUGAUAUUCCUUCUAGACGUGGACUCGCGAGAGUACCGGAGAGGUCAGAAACAGUACGAGUGCUAUUUCAUAGACCAGAGUCUGGACAACCAGGAUGACCCGGAGGAGAUCUUCUCCUUCGCAGAGUACUUCAUGGCAUCACUGUACGAGGGGUGUUUCCUGCGCAAACACGAGGCAGAGGCCUACAUGGGACUGUUCUGCUCACGACAACUGCUCGUCAACUUUGAUCGACCCCCCGCAGGACUUCAGGCCAAUCUCAGAUCCAACAUGACGCAAAACAGAAGACUCCCUUUCCAACCCCCCGCUUUUGGCGACUCACUACCCCCUGAUGGCAAUAGCCGGACUGGAGUUCGCAAUAACGAAAGCCGAAAACCAAGAGCAGAAGUUGACGAAGCGAUUGAAACGAGUGAACAGAUUCGGAUAAACCGACAAAUCGAGUCCGAAGUUGGGUUUAAGUCACGUGUUCUCAAAUCCAGGGGCGGCAACGCAGCCGGGGGGAGCAGACAGGAUCCGAGAAGGGGAAACAGGGAGAGCGGAGGACAGCCGUCUAAUAGUCGUUUUCUGAAUGCAUACUCCAGGGUUGAACUGGAGCGACCUCUGAGUCCAGUGUGGAAUCACGGGAUCACCUACCCAGACAGGGGGAAACCAGUGGUUAAUCCGGCAAGGGGGGUGAAAAUAAGCUCGGAGGAGCGCGAGGAAGAUAUAAGGCCGGACUCGAAGCAGAUAAAGGCGCCCCUGCGAACUCACUUUGAGCGAAACAUCUGCCAGCUGGACCAUCGCAAUCAUGAGUUCUUCGAACAAGUUCACAAACUGAUCCUUCUAAACCUGAUGGACAAAUCCACCUCAGAUCAGGACAUGUUGAGUGCCCUGUACAAGAUACUGCAGGGCCACGGGUGGAAAGUGUUCUGUGUGAUGAUGCUCAACUUGGCGAUCCAGGAGGCAAUCUUCGCCUACAGGGACACGAGAGUGUCAGUUGAUGUGAUAAAUGUGCAGUUCAAAAAGUACAGGGAGGAGUUGAACUUUGUGUUGGGAAGUGACCUUCAGGAGAAAUCGAGCGACUACGUCAGUCUCCUUUUGAGAUGCAACUAUCAGUUAGACCAAAUCUCACAGCGUCAAGAUGCCCCAACUGUAGACCUCCUGGAUGUGGUGCCUCUGUCCAUAGAGACCAUUGAGACUCUAAGGAGUGUGAACAGUAUGGUGGAGGCCCAGCUGAUCUGGAGCAUGGAGAACAUCCAGACUGGCCAGUUUCCCAUAGUCAUGCAAGCCAUAGACAGACUAAGGACUCAGUAUCCCAGAGACCACGUGAUCCCGUCGACGCCUGUCAUCCGUCGCGAGAAGGGCCAGAAGUUUGCGCCGAAGAGCAAGUGGCGACCCCCCACACAGCAACGGGCAGACACCUUUGUGCAUGGGAAUGAACACAGACCAAUCAUAGAUCAGGACGAAAUGUUUGUCGUACUCCAGGAGGCAGUUGGGAGGAGCACUGCGGGUCCGGAUUCUGUCAAACUGGACACAGUCUUUCUGCAGUACUUAGUUGACACCAGAGUAGACCAAGUGUGGAAGGAUUACAUCACUGACUUGGCAUGCAGUGCCACCCUCCCGCCAAACCCUUGGCCCCGCCUGAUCACGUGUUUCCGGGAGGCAGCCCUGAAGAUGGAGUUGUGGUUCGAGUAUGAGGAGGAUGUGUUGCAGAGGGUGAUAGACGUGAAUGCGGGCAAAGUGGCCGACCGGGACAACUUCAUCUACAAUAUCCCCUCAACUAAGAUAUUCGCCCACAGGACCAUCAUGCCCAUUGUCAGCCCAAAACACGCACAAAAAAUGAUAGACUACGGACAGAUGUUCGACAACAAACAGUUUCCCAAGUCGAUCGGCCAGUUCAAAAUAGCCAGCACUCUGGCUCUGGUCGGCCACACAUUCCUGUACGGCAAGGUCACUCCCUACAUUGGAGUGCUGGAGCUAGACGAACAUGUCAUCUUCAAGGGUCCUUCCGGCUGCUGGUUCGAGGCGCUACAACACUACUGUGGACUGAUCUGGAACCACUUGUAUGAUCUGGACACUGCAUACAGGACUGUCACUGGCACGUUCAUGGGCUAUGGCGAAAAGCGCAUGAGUUUGGUCGAUUCGCUCAGCAAACCGAAAGCGUUCAAAGCCGAACUGGAGUACUACCUGCGUAAAAAGGAACCGGUCUAUAUCAAGACAUACGUGGUAGAAGAUUGGCGAUACAUUCCGGUAGUGAAGCACCUCAAACUGCACUACGUCAACGAGAAUGAAACAGACAGGGAGUUGUUCUUCGUGUCUGACUGGGCCAAUCUGCACACGAACAUGUUCUGGCUGCGAGCCAAAGCGGCCUUCCAUUUCCAGCAGGCGGGACCCCCUCUCCAGCAGGACCCAUGCAACAGACCAAAUAUCCGCAAUGCAGUCAACGACAUCAACAAACGCAUCCAGAAGGCCAAGCGGGAAGUGGACCUGCUUUCGGCCUACCGGUGGCUGUGCACCCGCUCUCUACUCCAGGGCACAUUUGAUCACGUGGCCAGCUGCUGGAGGAUGAGUAAUAGCACAGUGGGUAUGUUGGAGUACUGCAAUGUGCUGAACAAGAGUCUGCAGGAACUGAUAAUCUACGCCAUUGAGUCCCCCUACGAAGAGGAGAAGAGUCCUCUCAAAAGUGUCAGUUUAGGGAUGAUGGGAAAUGCAUAUCGCUACAAAAUCAACAAAUCGCUGGAGAGAGUCGGAGCUCUGGCCCCUUCCAAUCUGGACGAACUGACUCAGGAGAAACUGCGAGAGUGCAUGGAGUGGGACGAAAUAUCCAAAAAUGUCUUCCUCAAAAUCGAGGACCGCUCGCUGGAAAUCCUUCGCGAAGUGUUCGACCUAACCCAGGGUGUUAUUGUAGCAGUAGCUUAUGAUAUAAACUCAAUCUGUGAGAAGUCGGGAAAAGCGUUGAAAAGUGUUAAAUUGAGAAAGAACCCGCAUGUUGUGAUGGACGAAAUCACAAUGGAGAUGAGAGGGGGAGGGAGUGGCAAGAAAAAAGUGGAUCUCUGGAAUAGUCAGCAGAUGAAUGCUACAGUUAUGAACACAGGGGGGCAAAAAGCGGAGACUGUUAGCAGUGCAGGGGGAGAUUCAACCUCGAAACGGAGCAAUAGACCUAAAUAUGCAACACACCCAUACAUACAGCCCAAAGACCCUUUCCCAACGUUAUGAAACUCUUCAAUGAUUUCAAGGAUUGAACUAAAUUGAAUUGGAUUUAAAUAUUUGAUUUCUCC